AUGUUUUAUUAUCCAGCAGUACUGAGGCGCCAUACUGGAUGCUUUUCUACUAUUUGGCUUGUUGCCACAAAGGGCAUCAGAGUCAGACGCAGGGAAUUUCUCAAAGUCAAUGUUUCCAAGACCUGUGAUGACAUCAUGGACUAUCUGUUGGAGCAUGUGGAGCCUCCGCAAUCUGGCCUUCCUCGCCCGCGUUUCUCCCUGUACCUGUCCUCCCAGCUGCAGUAUGGAAUCAUCCUGGUCUACCACCGCCAGUGCGCCAUUCUACUGGAAGAGACCCAGUGCAUAAUAGACUGGUUAUUAAAGCAGAAAACUACACAGAAGAAUGACAUGGAUGACCCUGACAGACCUGCGGCGCUGCAUAAAGACGUGCUGAUGCUAAUGGAGGAGACUGAGAGUGCUCCUGACCCUCUGUUUGGACAGAUGUACAUGCAGGAAGACCUGCCCAGCCCCAGAGAUCUGCUACAGGGGCACCUCAGGGACCAAUCCCCGUUGACUCUUUCACCUGCAGACCGAGCAGAGGCCCUGCGCUCCUCACCGCUGGACCAGACUCUGCACGCUGGCAUCACAGCAUCUCCAGACACGAUCACUCUGAGGGAGCGGCCUCCAGUGCCACUGCCUUCCUCUGAGUUCGAAGGAAUGGACCUAGCAGAUCAUCCCAGCACCAUCGACCUUCUGUUGGCAGAAACUGAUCAAUUUCUUGGAGGGGACCAGCCUGGAGUCGAGGUGCAGAGAGAACAGGACAUAGUGACACAGCCCGACAGGACCAAGGAGCCCACUGAAUCCACCACUGAAUUACAGCCUACUGUCGCCAGCCUGUCCAUGGAGGACCAGCCUCUGUUACCCCAGGACGGGUCACACCUGCCACAGACGCCUUUAGCGUCCCCUGCUGUCGAGCUCACCCCUCUGUCUAUGCCCCUCCUACCCUCCCCUCCGUCUGCUGCAGAGAGAAAGAAAAAGCGGGGGGCGGAGAUAGAGUUUGAGUCCAGCCCAGAGGAGGUGCAGAGGAGGAGGAGGAGGAGGAGACAGCUGAUCUUCAUGGACCAGCACACACAGCUCUCUCAGGAGGAGCAGCAGCAGCAGAUUACUGACCUGCGAACACAAACCGCCCCAGUUCCCAUGCUGCCCGUCCCCUCCGCGCUCAGGCCCACAGCUACGGAGCUGCUCAACGCCCCAACCACCUUGCUCUUGGCCAGGGAGCUGCAGUUACUAUGGCGACACGCUGCGGUCCUCAGGCCGGUCCUGGGAUCAGACCCUCGGCUCAGAGCAGGCCCAGGAUCGUCCGACUCUCAAGAGAGUGAGAGAGGAGAUAGCGGGGAGCUGAGGGACGAGAUGGUGGGGCCAGAGGAGAGCGACAGAGAGAUUCCAAGAGACGAGGCGGAAGCUGAGCCACUCAAUAUUUCAGCUGUGACGUCUCUGCCUCUGGAGGGCUCGGAGCACAUGGAAGCCUCCAGGGAGAUGUCGCCCCUGUUCACUCCGCACACAGACGGUUCGGUGGUGUCCAGGUCCAUGUCCAUCCUCCAGGACAUCCCAGAGGAGGUGACUGGUGCAGUGUCUGAGCCUGAGCUGCAGUACCCUGACCUGCUGGAGUUACUUGAGCGUGAAGAGGGCCUCACUUCGUUCCAGUCCCUCCUACCACCAGGCGCGAGUCGCAAAGCUGUCAGCCGACGUUUUGUAAAAGUUCUGGAAGACUUAUCCUCCAGGAGGCUGCAGGCGCAGCAGACGGAGCCGUACGGAGACAUCUUACUGAAAGCCUCUUCAGGGUCCUUCUAG